AUGACCGAAAACAAACCGAAAUUCGACCAAAAACAGGCCUUCCAGCGGCUAGCCAACGAUUUCCACGAUUUAGUCCAAAACAAGCAAAUGCUACGAUCGUCCGUCGAGAAUUUCUUCGAUAAUCUCCUCGACGAACUCACCUUAGGCAUAAUAUUCGAUUUGCACAGAAGAUACAAAACCGACGCCUCGUUUUUAGACGCCGACGAACUAGUAGAAGACAUGGAAAUCGACACAUUGUUUCAACACCGCGCCAAGAAGGCCCCCGAAUGUCCCUGUCCCGUUUGCCAUCGAGCCGUGGAGACCACCGAAUUCGCCAAACACCUGGCGAAAUGCAUGGGAUUGAGCACGAGAAGGGCCCCACCUAGAAGGGCCGUCGUGUACGGUGUAACUAUGAGCGAUGACGACGAAGAUUUCGCAGAGCCCCGAAGCAAAAAGGGGAACAAGAAAGGUAAAAAGAAAGCUCAACAAGGCGACGACGACGAGGAAUUGACGAGUUUUCGGGAUAUUUUGAGGCUCCAGGAGCAUUCGAAUAGCACUUCACCUGCGGAUUCUGCUUCGAGUUCGGGCUCGACGAAGAAGCGAGAGAAAUCGAAGAAUAAGAAGGGGAGCAAAAGAGAGAGGAGAUCGCCGAGUCCUUAUUCUAUGUUGGAUUAAUUUAAUUGAUUAUGGUUAAGUAUUAGAUUUCAAAUAUCCCAGACAUCCCUAUAAGUUAUUAGGCUUUAUUUAGAUCUCGUUUUUAUUAGGCUUAGUCCUGUAAUUAUUUACAUUUAUUUAUGAAAUUCAUUUGCCUAACUCGCCAGAUAUCUGAAUUACUUCUGCAUUUUUCUCCAUUAUUAAAAAUUAUUUUCCUCAAAAGAUAAUUUUUAAUUUGUAGGGUAAUAUUAUUCUUAUUUAAUUGCUGAAUUAAAUAGGUUUCUAAGAAAAUCUUUUGCGAGGAAUAUGAUGCACAUUUUUCUAUUAAAUAAUGCAUUAAAGAAGAAAUAUAAAGUUAUUUUAUUAUCUUCUAGUCGCAUUAAAAAAAUUGUCCUGACCAUCAACAUUAAACUGAAUUAUUUAAAAGGGUUUUCUGAUCGUUUGGGUGACUCUUAAUGCCCUGUUAAUUAACCACAUUUACGCAUAUAAAAGUAUCGGAAAAUAUUUCUUUAAUAUAGUUGUAUUUUGAAAUUUCUUUCGAAGAAACGAUGGAAAAAAUAGGCAAUUUUAUUAUCGGUCCUCUGGAUACUUUUGAAGGUAGGAAAUAUUGACAAAUACAAUAUUAAUUGUAUUGAGAUAAUGUAAUUAUUUUACACAUAUUUAACUCAUAAAUUAUAGUAAAAAAAAUACAGUGAUGCCUCAAUAGAUGUUUUCAUGAACCUUACAGGGGAUAAUCUGAAGAACUUAUACGAAUCGGGCUAUUCGAUUCAGCGUAGAAAAUCAUUUAGAAUGAUAAUACCAAUAAUCGGAUCAUUUUAUGGAGCUUUAAGUAUAUUCCUGAUUGUAUACAUCAUGCAUGACAAGUCAGAAUAUCGUUUGAUAUACAUCCAUUAUUUGAGCGCCUCUAUAGGGGUAAAUAGCGUUGUAAAUAUAGAAAAUUUAUUAUAUUUAAAGGAUAAAUUUUAGUGUUUUACAGCAUACGCAUGUUCCUUGGGAUUAUCCGCGAGUCUCAAAUCAUUCGUUCGAGUGCAGAAGAAUAUUUAUUCGAAAUAUUGGAGUUCGAUUCCCGAGAGCCUGUCGCGAAAAAUGCGAAUAUUUAGUAGAAAAACGGAGAAGAUUUUCAAAUGUUUAUCGGGAUUGUUGUUAAUAAGCAGUUGGUACUUUUUUUUUAAUAACCGAGUCGCGUUGAUUUCCGUAACUUAUUUGAAUUUUGAAUGUAUUUUAAUGAUAAUAGUACUUUCGUUUGUGAGCUCCUUUCACGCUAGUUUAUUUAUACCGAGAGUGAUAAUGCUGGUUAGUUACUGGUCGUUGCAUUUGUCGUACGAUUUGGAUUUGCUCAAUUGGGAAUUGAGAAAAUUUAUAAAAAACGA